CCGCGUCUCUCCGUCUCCGACUCCUCGCUAAACCCCUCAAGAAAGAGAGAGAGGGAAAGGAUCGACCGCGCAUUCUCUCGAUUUCCCAACUCUACCCUCUCGCUCGAACUCCAAAUCAUCUACCCACCCCCGACCGGAGAGAAAUCCUGGCAGCAUUCUCCACCGAUCUCUUCUCGCGCCCUAUUGAUACAGGAAGAAGGAAAGAGGACAGAUGGCAACAUAUAAGCCCAAGAACAUCCUCAUCACUGGAGCAGCUGGCUUCAUUGCAUCGCAUGUUGCCAACCGCCUCAUCCGAAACUACCCUGAGUACAAGAUCGUGGUUCUUGACAAGCUGGACUAUUGCUCAAACCUGAAAAACCUUAAUCCAUCCCGCUCCUCUCCCAAUUUCAAGUUUGUCAACGGUGACAUUGCCAGUGCUGACGUCGUCAACUACCUCCUCAUCACUGAGUCCAUUGAUACCAUCAUGCACUUUGCAGCACAGACCCAUGUCGAUAAUUCCUUUGGCAACUCAUUUGAGUUCACCAAGAAUAAUAUAUAUGGCACCCAUGUCCUCCUUGAAGCUUGCAAGGUCACUGGUCAGAUCAAGAGGUUUAUCCAUGUUAGUACCGACGAAGUCUAUGGAGAGACUGAUGAGGAUGCUGUGGUCGGAAAUCAUGAGGCAUCUCAGCUCCUUCCAACAAACCCAUACUCAGCAACAAAAGCUGGGGCUGAGAUGCUUGUUAUGGCUUAUGGAAGGUCGUAUGGUCUACCAGUGAUAACUACCCGGGGAAACAAUGUCUAUGGGCCAAAUCAAUUUCCAGAAAAGCUCAUUCCAAAAUUUAUCCUUUUGGCUAUGAGAGGGCUGCCACUUCCAAUUCAUGGUGAUGGUUCUAAUGUUAGAAGUUAUCUCUAUUGUGAGGAUGUUGCUGAGGCUUUUGAAGUUGUUCUUCACAGGGGAGAGGUUGGGCAUGUGUACAAUAUUGGGACUAAGAAAGAAAGAAGUGUGAUUGAUGUGGCAAAGGAUAUCUGCAAGCUUUUCUCAUUAGACCCAGAUAAAGUCAUUAAAUUUGUAAAAGACAGGCCCUUCAAUGACCAGAGAUACUUUUUGGAUGAUCAGAAACUGAAGAGCUUGGGGUGGUCGGAGCGGACCGAUUGGGAAGAAGGACUGAAAAAGACAAUAGAGUGGUACACAAGCAACCCUGAUUGGUGGGGAGAUGUGUCUGGAGUUCUGCUGCCUCAUCCAAGGAUGCUGAUGAUGCCUGGGACUGAAAGGCAUAUUAAUGGGUCUGAAGAGGUGAAGGGCAAGGAUUCUCUGUUCGCCAAUAACCAGAGCAAGAAGGUGGUUCCUGUUUCAGAGGGCAUUAGUGGCUCUCCUCAGAAGCUGUCUUUGAAGUUCUUGAUAUAUGGUAGGACUGGAUGGAUUGGAGGUCUUCUGGGUAAGAUUUGUGAGAAGCAAGGGAUACCAUUUGAGUAUGGAAGAGGACGCCUGGAAGAGCGCUCUCAGCUCAUAUUGGAUAUUCAGAAUGUGAAGCCAACUCAUGUUCUCAAUGCUGCUGGUGUGACUGGCAGACCAAGUAUCGACUGGUGCGAAUCUCAUAAGACAGAGACGAUUCGCACCAAUGUUGCAGGCACUUUGACUCUAGCAGAUGUUUGCAGGGAGCAUGGGUUGUUAAUGGUGAAUUAUGCUAGUGGGUGUAUGCUCGACUAUGAUGCUGAUCACCCUGAAGGGUCAGGUAUUGGAUUCAAGGAUGAAGACAAACCGAACUUUACCGUCUCUUUUUACUCCAAGACUAAGGCAAUGGUUGAAGAGCUUUUGAAAGAAUUUGAAAAUGUCUGCACUCUUAGAAUCAGAAUGCCAAUAUCUUCCGACCUUAGCAAUCCUUGCAACUUGAUUACAAAGAUAACUCGUUACAACAAAGUGGUGAACAUUCCAAAUAGCAUGUCAGUCUUAGAUGAGCUUCUGCCUUUGUCAAUUGAGAUGGCCAAAAGAAAUUACAGGGGCAUAUGGAACUUCACUAAUCCUGGUGUUGCAAGCCAUAAUGAGAUAUUGGAGAUGUACAAAAAGUAUAUUGAUCCGAGCUUUACAUGGGUUAAUUUUACUCUGGAAGAACAAGCCAAAGUCCUAGCCGCACCUCGAAGCAACUGCGAGAUGGAUGCUUCAAAAUUGAAGAGUGUGUUUCCAGAGUUGUUAUCCAUCAAGGAUUCUCUUAUCAAUGUCUAGCAAUUUCAUGGCAAUGGAACAUUUGCAAACUGGAGUGAUGACUGCUGAUUGCUUUGGUCACUGAACCAACAAUUAUCUUAAAAUGUUUGGUGGGAGUUGUUCUGAUCAAUUACUUUGAUUCCUCACACUGUGUGAUAGCAAAAUUUUUUCUUGUUUUGGAUCAAAAUAGUCAGUUUCUGCAACUAGGUUGUCAAUUCUGACUUGAUGUAAACACGAAGCUCUAAUUCACUAAGAAAGGUGAGUUUAAAGUAGAUAUGUGAUACUCAUUAGCCUUCAAGGGAUCCAUAGUAUUAGAUUAAUUCAAAUGAGAUGGUUCACUUUCAGUGUUGAUGGUGCUUGGGGGCCAUGCCAAAUAGAGAGGUGGAAGAUAAUGGUUAGCAUACAUUUCCAUCAUUCUGUGAUGUAUGAUGACUAUAGAGAACUAUCUACU